AUUGGACAUGUAAUAAUUUGUAGUUGCUCUUUUGGAAGUAAAUUCUCUUCUUCCUUCAUUCUUUCUUUCCUUCAUCCUUCUGUUUUCCUUCUGUGCUCCGUCAAAAUGGCGCCAUCGAGAGAGCAGAUCCGUACACUCGUCUUGGUAUGGGUUCUCACAUGGCCCUGCGAUUACUCAUGAGGAGAAUUCGGAAGCAAAAGUUGAACCUCAGCGACAAGUUAACGAUAUUAUGUAUGGUUUGUCUCCUGAUCCGAGGCGGACUUAUUAAUGUGGUUAUCAUAUGGGGUACAAAUACUAUACCACCGGAAGCCCGCGAAUUGACGAAGUUCUCAAGUUCUAGCGAAGGGAAAUGGGAAGCAAGUUGAAGAUAUUCAAUCGGCUUUUCACAACACUUGGUGGGUCAUCAUAUCUUUAGUCCCAAGAUAUACAACGCUCAUUAAAACAGUCUUUGAAUACAAAAGUGUGUGCUACUGCUUUUUUGUCAGCGGAUACUGUCUGUUGAAAGGCGGACGGGAAGAAUGGUUAACGUGUGUUGGGUAACCCUCGGAGCAACUUAUAUUGUUAUUGAAGGGGAAACUUUACGAACUGUCGUCCACUGCGUCUUUACUGGCAAAUAUUUCCUGAUCCUGGUAAGUCUAUACUCCGACCGGUAACAUCUCAAUGACUUGCCAAAGGCGAAGGCUCUUGCUCGCAGGCAAUGGUUGAAUCGCUGGUACUGGGAAUAUUAAACAUAUUCACGGAUAUCAUGCUCAUAAUUCUUCCUCUACCAACGCUACUAAAACUCAAGCGAUCGGGAUACGCGUAAGUCGUUUCAACCUGAGUUGUAUGUCGUUCUCUAACUUCUUCCAGGAAAUUCCGCAUUUUAUUCCUCUUCACUCUGGGCAUCUUCCUUGUUGCCAUUACAGUAAUCCGUCUUCCAUUCAACUUCAAAGACCUCACCUUUCAAGAACAUCUAACGACUUUGACAAGCGUAGAAAUCUUUGUGGCAGCAUUUAUCGCCAAUACCCCAACUCUCUAUGCUCUACGAAAACCGCACCCCUGCUCAAGCGAACAAACAAACUGCCCACUACGCGAGAUUCACCAUGAUGAAUACCCUAAAUCCGACAAAAGAAAUUUUGAUGGAUCUUCUACAUCUGGUGACACUUCAAUGAAACGCCAAAAGAAGCCGACGAAAAAUGUUCUCACAAAAAAAGCAAAGCCAAUACAGGAGCUGAGGUAAGCAAUGUUCAUCCCACCUGCCCCACCAAGAGCGGAGGUGCGCAGUGGUGUGGUGCCAGAAGCACAAAUUGGAGAUGAAAAAAGGCAGCAUACCAUGCAUGGACGUUCAAACACAAUGGAAUGGGUGCUCGGUGAGCAGAUUAAUAAGGAUAUUGCGCGGAAGGCAGAAAUAAUUAAUGGAAAGGUGGAAUGCGUCGGCGAGGACGUGAAACGAUAUACCUUUGAUGGUUGGAAGGAAAGCAUCAUUUUGGAUCAUACGGAGCUGAUAAAUUAUGUUAGAGAUGGGAACAUGA